AUGUAUCUAUUUCCACUUUCAGGAUCAGAUAAUGAUGAUGUUGUAAGUGCAGUGGAAACAGAUUAUGAAUCGUCAUCAAGUUCAAGCAGUUCAGAUGUACAUGCACAAAGUACUGUAUUUUCAUUUUGUUAAGUAUUUUUUUUUAUAAACCCUUUUCAGUCUGGAAGUUGUUUGGUCUUUUUAUUGUCAAAUUUGCUUAAAAAUACAUCAUAUCGAAGAGUGGUGUGAGCAUUUUCAAAAAUAAAUGUCGUAACAUACCUACUGUAUCCAGCAUACACGCAAGGCACACCAAAGCUCUGGAGAAGCUUUUCCAAAAAUUAAGUUUUUUAAAAUUUAAUAUAUUAUAAUUAUGAUCAGGGCUUGCCCAGGGGUCAGUGGAUGUUGAAGUUUUUAAAUUGAUUAGCACCUGUAUGAACUAUAUACGGUUCAACCAGUGAUUUUUGUUACAAAUAGUUACACAUGUAUGGUGAGUCCUUGUACUCAUCUUGUGAAAAAUUAUGAGUCCCAGUCCAGAAACCAAUGAGUCGCAUGAAGUUAAAAAAAAGACUGAAAUAGAAAAUGCUUGGGCCUUUAUGUAGCCAGACAGUUAAUCUGAAUUUAGACUCUGUAUUACAGUACUCUGAAAUUAUUGCCUUCUAUUUUAAAGCACAACAAAGGCUAAAAGAGAACCGUGCAUCAUUUAACCUGCGCAGCAAGGGUUUCCAAUCAAGUUAUUGUGUGAUAGUUUGAGUGGGAGCAAAAAAAAAUGGAAGGGGAGAGAAAAGAGGAAACCCUUGCCUGCAAACAUAUCUCAUGAUUUUGGAAAAACACCCCUUGAUAUUUCAUGGUUUGGUUCAUUUGUAAAUUGUCACGUCAUCAAGAUGGAAGCCAGUAUAACGAACAGAUUACCAGAUUUGUUCUCUAAUAAAGCAUGCUCCAUGCAAUUGCAAAAACUGUAAUGAAGAAGCUUUACAAUAAAAGAAGGUUGAAAAUGAGCGAUUGCUGCGAAAUUUGUUUUUUUUUUUUUGUAUAGUUAAGUUAAAUUUGAAACAUUAUAUGGCUUUUAUCUCACCUGAAACAUUGUCACAAUGUCGCAAAAAAAUUAUUUGUCCAGAACAAUUAAUUCCACCGGCUGUGAGUUUUGCAGAGCAGCUGCUCUAUAGCCCAUGUCAAAAAGUUCUCUACAAUACAUUCCGCUAAAUUUCCAAUAAACAAAAAGGUUCUGUUCAUUUGAAAAAGUUGAUAAAUCGCUUGUCCAUGGUGGCUUUAGCUAGUUUCAAGUACUGAUGUUCUAAUUUAAUACACAUGUUGAUGUUAUCUCCAACAAACAGUCUAUUUCUUCCAGUCAGAUCCACACACCGUCAUUUCCAAUGAAUUGGCCUUCACUAGUCUCCACUGCUUGAUCUCCAAUAUUAUUAUACUUUGAAGGGGCUCAUAUCAGAUAAACCUUCGCACAAACAAGAUUCAAAUAAAAUCAGUCUAAAGCAUUUUUAAUCUGAAACCAGAUCAGAUCAGACCAGAUCUGCACAAAUGUAAACAAAACAUACCUGGUUUGAUUGAUGUAUUUAUUACUAUUUUAAUAAUCAACAUUACCAGUGCAAGCACUGCACCAAUCAGAAGCUGCAUUCAUGGGUAAACACAGAUUUCCAAACUCGUGGGGUUUGCAUGCAACCGUUUCCUUCUCUCCCCUCCUAGCUCCUCCCCUGUUAUUCCUUUUUUUACUCUCAUCCAAACGUUUCUCAACAAACUCGCGUCGAAACACUUUCUAUGCAGGCUAUGCAUCGUUCAUCUCAGCCAUAAUAACUGCCACUGAAAGUACACGAAUGGGAUAUUUGUACAAAUUUACACACAUGUUUAGAUCAAUCAAUCGAUCUUUGCAGCCUAUGGGACGCAUGCCAUGAAUUAUUUUGCAUCUUUGAGAAUAUUUAUGCAUCUGGGAUGCAGGACACAGAAGUAACAAAAUCUCUGUUUAACAAGCUAAGACCUGGGGAAAGGUAUUUUCCCAGACAUCAUCUGGUGUGGAAAUUGUGUUGAUCAAACUUCUUACAAGUUACCAUUAUGUUUGAAACAUUUUUGCUUUAAAAUCCCUGUUAAAGGGACAGGUUCACUGUUCAGCGCAUGCUCAUUAAUAAAAUUACUUUUUUCUAAUUUAUUAUUGAAUUAGUUAAUAAUCCCACAUACAUAUCUCAGUAAUCUCAGAGUGUAUUUUAAGUAGAAGUGUAUUUCUGAGUAACCUAAAGUAGGAUGGAGGAGUUCUAAAAUUGCAGAAAAAAUGAGUGGAUUAUGCCAACACUACCAACGUUGAAUUCAUUGUUGACCUGAAGGUUUUAUACCACAGUUGAUUAAUUUACAGCUAUUUGCACAUAAGUUGAUCAAGUGACUGCCAGGGGAGUGUGCAGAUUGGGUCUUUGACAACAUUAUGACAUGAUCAUAUUGUCUGCAUAGAUGAUACAGCAUGUCCUGGCAGAUAAACAGCAUUUUGAAUGAUGAGCAUGCACUGAACCAUGAAACCCUCCCCUCC